AUGUUGCAUGUCCUUCAGUUCGGCGUGUGGCUACUCAAAUUGCCAUCACGGAUUCCGAUUUGGAAACAAGACGAGCCGGUCGGCUGCUCAGCGUGCGGCUCGCAAUCGGGAAAGACGCGGUGCGGUCGGGGGAUACGAACCGAGCCUGCCAACAACUUUAUGCGGGAGAUGGAGUGCCGAGUGCUGUCCAUCCAGAGUCAUGUAGUGAGGGGGUAUGUGGGCAACAAAUCCGCCUCCUUUCCUUUACAGGUGAUGGGCUUUGAAGUGGAUUCCAUCAACUCAGUACAGUUCUCCAACCAUACAGGUUAUGCUCACUGGAAGGGGCAGGUAGUGACGGCAGAUGAGCUCCAUGAGGUGUAUGAGGGAAUCAAACUGAACAAUGUUAACAAGUAUGACUACGUCUUAACUGGGUACACCAGAGACACUUCUUUUCUGGAGAUGGUGGUGGACAUUGUACAGGAACUGAAGAGAGCCAAUCCUAAUCUUGUGUAUGUGUGUGAUCCUGUCCUUGGGGAUCAUGGUUCAAUGUAUGUGCCUCAGAAUUUGUAUCCAGUCUAUAAAGACAAAGUGGUACCAGUGGCAGAUAUCAUCACCCCAAACCAGUUUGAGGCAGAGCUCUUGACAGGGAAGACUAUCAGCACAGAGAAAGAAGCAGUAGAGGUGAUGGAUCUGCUGCAUAAUAUGGGACCAGACACAGUGGUCAUUACCAGUUCUGAUCUGCCCCCUCGCCUUGGAGACCGCUUUCUGGUGUCUCUUGGCAGCCAACGCAUUGUAAAUCCAGACGGUACAUACACGACCCAGCGGGUCAGGAUAGAGGUGCCCAAAGUGGAUGCUGUGUUUGUAGGGACAGGCGAUCUAUUUGCAGCUAUGCUGCUGGCCUGGACACAUCACUACCCCACAGACCUGAAGACGGCUUGUGAGAAGACUUUCUCAGUCAUGCAUCAUGUCAUCCAGAGAACCAUUUCUUAUGCCCAUGAGAUGGCCGGUCCUGGCAGAAAACCCAGCCCGGCUCAGCUAGAGCUACGAAUGAUCCAAAGCAAAGCGGAUAUUGAGGAUCCAGCCAUUGUCAUGGAGGUCACUGUUCUAUAGAAACUCCACGUACACACAAACACACUUUCACUUUCCCCUUGCCACAAUCGCACAAUGUAUAGAUGUUGUACAUUUUGGAUCUGUAAUGUGACAUUGCCUUAGAAAUUUUAAACAGAGCACAACAUUUCAUUAGUACGGAGGAAAAGCAGGGUACAGCCGUGUUGACGGCCGAGAGAGAGAGAGAGAGAGAGAGAGAGAGAAGGAGAACGCUGUGAUAAAAGAGGACAAAGCGGGAGAUUAAAAUCUCUUGUUCAGCUACUUUUCCUCUCAUUUUAUCUCCUUCUCCAAGCUAGUCUCGAACCCCUGGUUGUCCUGCACAUUGAGAUGCUUUCCACAUGUGACCUUUAAAGCAUGAUGAAAUGCCCAGGAGUGAAUAAAUGCCUUUUUAAAUCCAAAUCUCUAAAGAAACUGCCACUGCUCAAGCAAGCAACCACUGAAGUAAGGUCAGUAAGAAGCAUAACAUUAAAGGUACGGUCAGCAACAUUAAGGCAUGUAACUUAAUUUUAGAAGAGGAAAAAAAUUUUCACAUUCAGGCUCAGAAAAUAAUCAACCCUUCUUGUGCCCCAGGGCCCUGUAGAAGAGUUAAAAUACAGAUAAGGACUACAAAUCUGCAACCACUCAGGCAGUGUCUGUACUUCACAAUAAGAAGGAGAAUGCCGGUCUAGGUGUUACUAGGUGUUAGAUUGUUUCAAGGCAUCACACACACUCUCAUUCAUGCUCACUUUACAUUACCUGUUUUAACAAACUAAUUAAA